GUCGCAGAUAAUGAUGUUAUUCGCGUCUCGUUGAGCUACGAACGAACCACAAAGGAGACCAUUGACAAUGCCUUCAAGAUCUUGAAGACAAUGACAGAGCACUACAAGAAGCACAAAGAUGACCCAUCUUUAUUAAAACCUGAAUCAAUGACUAAACUGAUGAGCUCUCGAGAAGUACCAAUUACUGCGGACGCGGAAUUCGAGAUAAAAGUACCUGCACCACCUCAAGCCGUGGAGCCGCCAUCAACCAGCGCUAGCAUUCCGUCGGCAGCCCAGUCACAGACAACAAAGCCUGAGCCAGAAACGAGUUCGAAGACUGAACCGUCGAAGAGCACUGAAAUAUCCAGUACGAAAACACAAAAGCCAUCAAAUCCUCCCCGCAGCAAAACUCCACCACCACCUCCCAGUCGUGUGCCUAAACCUGCUAAAUCUACUACACCUAAGAAAUCACUACCAAAGAAAGAGCCUAAGAAACAGUAG